AUGGGAUCUCUAGAGAGAACAAAGAAGAAAGCUCAAGUAUGGAAGAAAGCUGUGAUACAUUUCUCUCUAUGUUUUGUAAUGGGUUUCUUCACUGGCUUUGCUCCUUCUGGUAAGGACUCAUUUUUCUCUAAUUUCGAAACCACCUCUUCUGCUUCUACCAAAUCUCAUAUANCCCCCCAACCUUUAGAAAACUCUACCUAUACACCCCAUUCCCUUGUCAAUAGAACCUUGAUCAGCUCCCAAGCCCCUGCUCCGCGAGAAGCCAAACCAGAUACCAGAUCACUCUCUGAGGCCGAAGAUGAAGUAAUAACACCAAGAGGUCUAGUAAUUGUUGUAACUCCGGUAAUGACGAAUAAUCAUUACAAAAACGUUCUUCUUAGGCGAAUGGCCAAUACUUUGAGGCUAGUUCCACCACCUUUAUUGUGGAUAAUCGUGGAGAAACAUUCCGAUGCUGACGAAAACUCUGCUAACGAAAACUCUUCAUCUACAAUGCUAAGAAAGACUGGUUUAAUGUAUAGACGUAUAGUCUUCAAGGAGAAUUUCACGAGCGUGGAAUCAGAGCUUGAUCAUCAGAGGAACCUAGCGUUGCGACACAUUGAGCAUCACAAACUAAGCGGGAUUGUUCAUUUCGCGGGAUUAAACAACAUUUAUGAUCUUGAUUUUUUCGACGGGAUUAGAGAUAUCGAGGUAUUCGGAACUUGGCCAAUGGCGUUGCUAUCGGCUAAUAGGAAACGAGUGAUAGUAGAGGGUCCGGUUUGUGAAUCUUCACUAGUAAUGGGGUGGCAUUUGAGAAAUUUUAAUAAUGAGACAGAGACAAAGCCUCCGAUUCAUAUAUCAAGCUUUGCUUUCAAUAGUACAAUACUUUGGGACCCUGAGAGAUGGGGUCGUUCUUCUUCUGUUGAAGGCACCAAACAGGAUUCGAUUAAAUAUGUGAAGCAAGUGGUUUUGGAGGACGAUACAAAUUUGAAGGGACUUCCAGCACAAGACUGUUCCAAGAUUAUGCUUUGGCGUCUCAAUUUUCCCACAAGAACACGUUUAAGCACCUGA